AUGUCGGACCCCGUCAAGCCUAUGACGUCCGUCUCGGACACCCUCUUCACCUCCUUGGAGAGGGACUUUAUGGAGGCCAUGUCCGCCUUAGAGGGUGAGGAGUCUCUGGGCUACUUUCGUCUGGAGUACGAGAAGUUAUUCCGUGUCCUCAAGAAGAGUCGCGCCUCCGAGAUGGAAAUUCUCACGCAGUGCCAGCAGCUGACGCAGGAGCUGCUGUCCAACGCGGCCAAGAUGCAAGCGGCUGUGAAGCUCGCGCAAGGCGAUCACAGCACCAUCGAGGCGCUUAAAAAGGAGAUCGAGAAGGCGUGGCGCACUGUGGACGUGGCAAAUGAAAAAGAUCAGUGCGCGCGUGAGAUGGUGAAGACACUGAAGCAGGAAAUUCAGUCCCUGCAGAGCUUGAUCCAGGAUGGCACCUCACUAUCUACCGAUCACACGUCGACGCUGGAGCAGCUCAAGCUGGACAACAAGCGACUCCUGACAGAGAGUGAGGAUAUGACAAAGCAGGUGGAGACGUACAAUAAAGAGAUGGCGGAGCGGACUGCAACUCUAGGAACAUUGAAGACCGCGACAGAGGCGGCUGUACAGGAGCGCAAGCUUUUGACGAGUCGCCUGGAGUUGGUGCGGCAAGAGUACAACCGUGAGCGCAAUGCGCGCGAGCGUGCCGAGUAUCAGUGUCGAGAUCUUCUGGUGACGCUUAAGACACGUGAGAAGGCGCUGCAGGAGCGGGAAGACCGCCUUGCCUUGAUCCAGACGCAAGCAGAGAAACACCAGGCGGAGCUGGGAAAGCAGCAGCAUAAACGACAAACACUACAACAGCAGCUUGAGACAGCCGAGAAGCAGCUGUACCACACAAAGCAGUCCUACAACGACAGCGUCGACACCACUGCGGAGCUGAACGAGCGACUGCAUGGGAUGGAGAAGCAGAUUGCUGCAACCGCAAAGAAGAUUCUCGAAACCCGUGACGAGUGCGUCCGGGUCACUCGCAUCGAAGAGCGCGACUUUCGCGAGUUCGACCGCCUCAGGCAGCAGAUCGACCACAUCCGUAAGGACGAGGUGCACAUGACGUAUGAGGAGGACACGGUGCGGAAGCGCAUCGCUGCGGUGAAGCUGGAGAAGCGGAGUCUGCAGGAGGCGCUGGGGCUGAUUGAACGCGAGUGCGGUGUCUUGGAGAAAAAGGGCGUAAAGGAAGAUUCUCUUCGAGCUACCACACAGACCCUUAUUAAGAACGAGCUCGAUCAGCAGGCAGAGCUAGAGGCCUGCAUCGCACAGGAGACCGAAAUCGGAUGCCAUCUCCGAGAGAAGCUGCAACGCUUGACAAAAGAGCGCGAGAACUGCGUGAACGAGGUAUCACAGGUGAGCGGACAAAACAACACCGCUGUAGAGGAGCUAAAGAUGGCGUCGUUGCAAGUUGAAGAGUUGCAGCGGAAGCUAGACGAGAGUGAGCGCCGUCUCACGCAGCAGCAGGCAAAGUACGAGCACAUGCGGGCGGAGCGGAAUCAGCUAUCGAGGCGCCUCGUCGACGCGCAGGACGAGAUUGUCGAGUACCGACAGCGUGUGAAGGUGGUGGAUCACCAGGUGCAUCAGUUCAAGGAGGAACUGGCACUGAAGGCCCGCAAGUAUCAGAGCGACAAGGCGCAGCACAAGAUCAGCAAGGAGCGUCUCCUCAAGGCACGCCAGCUUGUGAAUGACAGUACGGCGAGCUUCGAUGCGACGAAGGAGGAGGGCGAGCGGGUGGGACAGGAGAUCAAGCAGCUGUUGAAGGUGGUGCAAGAGUGCGACAAGAACCUUUCUGGACAGCAGCGGGAGCUUCUGAAGAUGAGCAGCGAGCGCGACACUUUCGCUGCUCAGCUGAUUCGCCGCAACGACGAGCUUGGCCUGCUCUACCAGCAGCUGCACCUGCUGCAGACGACCGUCAACGAGGGCGAGGCGGCGUACCGCGACCGACUUGAUGACCUUCGCCUCCUCCACCUUAAGUUGCGUGAAAUUCAGCAUCAGUCGAUGCUGGCGCAGGUGCGCGGGUGCGACGUGUCCGCCACAAAGGAGAGGUUGCGAGCCAAGCAAAACGAAGUGCGACUGGAGCAGGCCAAGGUGGCUGCCCUCUCCGAGGAGCUCGAGAACCCGCAGAACGAAUCCCGCUGGCGACGCGUCGGCGGCGCCUAUCCGUCGAUGGCGGAGCUGGAGUCGAAGAUGAAGCUGCUGCAGCGGAACCUGCUCACCAAAUCGGAGGAGUGCAUGAAGCAGGAGAUGAGACUCGAGGAAAAGCAGCGACUAGUAAUGGAGCUGCGUGCCAUGGCGGCGCGUCAGCCCGGCCCGGAGGUGGCACAACAGCUUAGCGUGUACCAGAAGGACUUGCAGAAAAAACAUGCACAGAUGAAGCAAAAGGCAUCCGAACUCAACAUGACAGCGACACGCACGGCGGAGCUGCGGUACGAGGUGGCGCGCCUGCGUUGCUCACUCGACGAAACACGGCAGAAGUACUACGAGAUGAAGGUGAAGAACGAUACCACCGUUGCGGCUGAGUCCAUCCCUGCGUCCUAG